UCAACACUGCUGUACUUAUCUCAGUUAGAAACUAGAAGUUCCAUGUGAGGAUAAUUAGAAACAUGUGGAGAACCUCAUGAGGUGAGGAACACUUUGCUGAACACUUAAGAUAAGCAGAAGAACCUGGGAGGACACUUAGCCACACUACAACACCACACAAGGAAACCAUUACCAUAAACAGAGUCCUCGACCUGCUGCCGAUGAAGUCCAAAGGAGUGAUGAUGAGCUGGCCAGACCCUCACAGCAUCCUUCGCCACUUCGUCCUGCUGAAGUACCUUCAGGUGAUGGCGUUGCCUCUGAUGAACGGGCUGCUGUCGGGCAUGGGGGCUUUGGCCAGUCUCUACACAGCCCUGCUCCUCAACUCUCCACGUGCUUCGCGCAAGGCUUCCAGCGUACUGCUGGGCCAGCUGGCCCAGGCCGACAGCCUGCUGCUGCUGCACUGGGGCCUGGGGGCGGUGAGACCUGCCCUGGGAGUCCCCCAGGAAGCCCUAGAGGGACUGGAGCAUGGCCUUCUGGCCUCCCACCGUCUGGCCAGCCUGCUGCUGCUGGGCUGCGUGAGUCUAGAGGCGCUACUGGUCUGCAGGAGGCCCGCCGAGACACGCAGCCUGAGGACAGUGCACUGCGCGAGGCUAGCGAGCACUACAGUCUGGGCAGCUGUGGCCCUAGAGUUUGUAGUCCUGCGGACCUCGGAGUACGAAUCUGCUCUGAGAGAUCGAGGAGGUUUUAUCACGCUCCUCGCGCUGACCUGCACUUUCCUAGCCCCUUUUAUUCAAAUCCUCUCCUUCUGUGUUACACUAAUGCUUUGGUUGGCUAACACAUGGACAUGCUACACAAUAUUCUGCUACAAACCUCAGAGACAAACCAGCUGCUAUCACUAACACAAAGAGUGGGAGAACAUUUAAAAUAACUGGGCUGACCUCACACUGACGGCUCACUCUGACCUCUGGUCGUUUACCACAGACAAUGUGCUUGGAAAGAAAAUUUGGUUGCCUGAAAAUAAACUCAUAGUAGGCAAAGGGAAAGUGCUUCUGUUAGAGUUUUACUCUGUUAAAAGCUUUUAACAUUUUGUCUGUAUGUGAAACUUCCA